AUGGCUCUAAUGGGUCUGCCAGACAAACACGGGGGAAGUGUUCAGUAUGCCCCGCACACCGCCGAGGGGCACGAAGAGGCAAGUCCCCCCUCAGCCCAACGAGCUACCCCGGCAGAAACCACGCCGAAACGCCGCGCUCCUCCCGAAGAGCGCGGAAGGGGCUUAUCCAGCCGGAACAGGGGGCUGCCUUACAUCGCCCCGAGGGGCGGCACAGCGUCCCGAGAGAGCCCUUCCCCAAGCACGCAGCGCCCCAGCCCGCAGCAGGCAGGGCCACCCGAGCCGCCUUCCCUCAAACCACCCCGGCCCGCCCGCCGCUGGGCGGGGCUGCCGCUCGACCGGCCGGGCCUGCCCGCUCCGCUCGGGGCCGUCGCUGCCGCCGCGCCCGCCAUGCAGCGCCUGCUGCGCCCGGGCCCGCCGCGCCUGCCGCCCGGCCCCCCGGCCCGCCCGCCGCCGCUGCCGCCCGGCCCCCCGGCCCGCCUGCCCUUCGCCACCCUGCCCCGCGCCUUGGGCUCCGCUCCCCGCCUCGCCCGGCUCGGCCUGGGCCCGCCGCUGCCUCUGGUACCGCUGCGAUCCGCCGCCAGCGCUUCCCCCAAGGGUGCAGGUGUAUCCCCUGACAAGGCAGCUACGGAUCCCAGUGGUGAAAACAAGAAACUCAACAAAUCCCAGCAGCUUAAACAAGUUUUUAAAGAAUAUGGUGCUGUAGGGGUUUCAUUCCAUGUUGGAAUUUCAUUAAUAUCUCUAGGAAUCUUCUACCUGGCUGUGUCAAGUGGUGUGGAUAUGGCUGCAGUUCUCUUCAAACUGGGUUUCACAGAAUCCUCGUUGCAGUCCAAGCUGGCAGCUGGCACCAGCACCUUCGUGCUGGCCUAUGCUGUUCACAAAGUGUUUGCUCCAGUGCGGAUCAGCAUCACUCUGGUUUCUGUGCCAUUUCUUGUCCGAUACUGCCGGAAGAUUGGUUUCUUCAAACCUCCUGCCCCAAACCCAUGAUGAUUCUGACUGGUUUUUACUGUUUUUUUUACAUGUUCUAUAUCCAUGUAGCUUUCCAAAUUGCUAAAUUUCUUUACAAGAUGUAUUUGGAUUCAUGUUAGUGCUUCUUGCAUCUCUUGCUUGUUUUUGCAGGUACAUGUUACACUGUGAAAAGUGCUGUCCUUUAUCUUCCCCUUUUGCCACUUCUUCUUUUAAAAAAAACCUGUUAAAAUGCUUUAUCUUUUCCAUAGCAAGUAGUAAUAUAAAUGCUUGACAAUGAGCAGUCUCUUUAGAACACACAGUUCUAGGUCUUUAAAUCUGCCUUUUUUUGUCAAAAUAGAGGGGCAGCAUUAGUUUUACUGUGUAGUCGGGAAAUAAGAUUCUCUCCUGUGGAAUAAACAAUAUUGUACUACAUUAAUAGUUCUUUUGGUAAGUGUAUAUAUUGGAAUCUAAGGUGGUAGGAGGGGUUCUCUUUUGUUAUGAAAUGCAUAUAUUAUGACCCCAAUCUUGCACUGCAACACACAUGCUGGACUAACUUAAGUGGGAGUACCCAUAUGCUUAAUUAUUGCACAGUAAUAAUUGUUUUAGCCAGAAUAGGUGAUGCACUGUUCUAACACUUUGUGGUGCUUCCAGGUUUGAAGAUUUUAUUGGUUGAAAAUGUGCUUUAGUUACAGGCUAGGAAGUGGCUUUCCUGAAGUCCUUUAAGUUUAUGGGGUUUUUUAGAUCUAUAGACUCAGAAGGAAUCCUGAGCCAACUGAAAUCAGUGUAACCAGAUUACCUCCUGUGUUGACAUAUCCCAAAGGUCAUCAAGUCAGAGGCAAGGUAUCUGUGAGGUUUUAAUGUACUGAGAUCUGGCUUUGUGCUGGAGAUAUUUUACUCUGGAAAUUAAACCUAGCAGCUUUCUGCUCCUGUGGAUGAAAUUCAAAUUUGCACCUGAAGUCCAGGCAUUACAAUUCAUUGCUUCUCAAGAGCAAUUCCUGUCCUUUUGUCUCACAGACUUAAGUGUACCAAUUAGAGAUUGUUUUUAUUUCCUUAUUCAGAUGCUAUUUCUAUUAGAAUGUAGUUGCACAUGCAAAUAUUUUCACACCACAUUUCAAUUAACGUAAAAACUGGAUCCUAAAACUAGGAAGUCAAUGUAACAUUCUCUGGUAAACCUUAGUUUCAGGCUUAGGACUGCACUUCUGAGGGAUAGCUCAGGCUCUGACACAGAUCUGUUCAUACAAAAAUCAUAAGUAAAAUAGCAGAAAACUACCUUAGUGACCUUUUACUUGCUGUAGUGAAUUGAGAAGGGACCACAUGACUAGGCUGAGAAUUGGCUGAGGAAGGGAAGAAGCUAGUAAUUUCUUGUUGUUAUGAACAACUAUUAACUCCACAUAGCCAUAACAUUAAAUUGCACCCUAACUCCUUUCCCAUUCAGAAAGUCCAGCCCCUAGGCUAGUCAGAGGCUCUGAGGAUCCUCUCCUUGCUCACUUGUGAGCCUAAGUUUGUGCUAGAGGCAGGUGCAUCACAGAUACAUACAUCCUUGUACCUCUGUUGCUGCCCCUUACUUAAUCAAGUUUUUUUUUAAGAUAGAAAACUGGAAGAGGUGUAGUUUACUUCCUCUGCCCUAUGAAAGCAAGCUGAUUUAAGAGAGUACCCCUUGAAAACAAAGAACUCUUUGCCAAGAUCUUGGUCCCAGUGGGGCUGUGCUGUUAGCCCAGAUGAGGGUUUAGUGUCUGAAGAUGAAGUACAGCAGUGAGCAGGUACACAUGCUAGGUUUGAUGUAUAAUACAUAGUUAAACACUGCUCAAAAUACCAGCCUUGAGAAUGGCUGAGAAUCAUCCUUGAAGCAUGGCCUGUUUCCAUGGGAGCUGUAAGCUAUGUCACUACCACAGCUCAUGUCAUGCACAGCUGUUUGGCUUGUUACCCACGGAGCCAGUGCUCUGCUGCUUCGUGUACCCACAUGUGCAGGAGGAAGGGCCAGCAAGUUCAUGUUGAUUAGCUGUUUAUUUUUAAAAAUUGACCAAAUUUUUCCUUUUCCAUGCCUGCUCUGCAGUAUGGCUGCUGAAGCUGGCAGCUUGUCUAGGAUACUAGCUUCAGCUUGCUGCUGAGAAAGCUCUUAUUAAAGCAUAAAUUUCAGAUCAGCUCAAUGAAGCUCUGCCUUUACUCUUGACUAAUCCAUGAGAUUAUGCCCAUUCUUUGUAUGGAAGCUAACUGUUGAGUGUUUGAUAGGUUAAAAAGUGCACCAUCUACACAGCAGUUGAAAGGUUACCAUGGUACCACAACAUUUAACCAACACUGUAGUUUUCUGUGACCUACUACAUUCUAGAACAGCUAGAAUCUCUCAGAUUUCUUAAAAGUAAGUUUAACUUGGGCUUAUUUUUUCCCUCUUCAGAGAAGCCUUUCUGUAUCUUUCUCCUACACGGCCUGUUAUCAGUUAUGGGCUAUGUUCUGUUACCAAGGAUAACAAAAGCAUUCCAGGAUAAUCACAAGGCAUACUUGGUUUCUUUGUUUAAUCAUUAAUUUCUGAUAUGUAUGUUUUGGCCUGAAGUUGACAGAAAAGGAAUAUUCAAGCUUUUUUUUUAAUUUCUGUAAAGCAGGAAUAAUUUAAAGCAAAUACACCUAAAAAUUUAGGUCACCAGCACUAGCUAGAACUUUUCUUGCAGUAGAGAAAAAGAGCUUCAUUUAAAUUAUAACCAGAAUUCAAUUAGCUAUUAAGAUAAAUAUUGUUGUAUAAAGUAUUGGCAGUUUGUUUAGAUGAAGAUUUUUGCAAAGUGUAUUUUAAUUUGAGAAUAUAUUUUAAAUUCUAGACUAGAAUCCUUACAUGUAAAAGCAAAAUUUUUUAAAUGGUUUGUAAAAUAAUGAAGAUGACUUUAAAGUCCUAUAAUGAAAAUAUAAUAAAUUGCUUUGUCUUA